UAUCCUCACAUCAUGAACUCUCUCAAUGGUCCCACAUCACCCAAACACACUUUUAUGAUAUUUUACUCUAGUGUGGUGAAUGGUCAAAUGUGGUGUCCAGAUUGCAGAAGAGUAGAAAGUACGGUGAAAGAAGCGUUUGACGGACCUGAUAAACCUAAAGCGAUCAUACAUUGGGUAGGCGACAAAGCUACAUGGCGAGACCCCAAGAACGAAGCUCGGAUUCAGUGGAAAGUUAGCAACGUACCUACGAUCUUGAGAAUAGAGAAUGGCAAAGAAGUGGCUAGACUAGGUGACGACGAUGAAAUCAUGGACUCGAAGAGGUUUCAAGCAUUCUUGAACCCUUGA